CAAAAGUUUAAAACUAAAGAAUGUGGUUCUGUGGUGACUGCUUGUGUGAAAGUUGUUGUCAUGUUCAGGCAAAAGUAAAAAAGAUGAGCUCCAUUGAUGAAGAAAGAUCACUCCCUGGAGUCGAAGAAUCUCUUUUGCAGGAAGAAGUGAAGUUGUAUGCUGAAGAUGGUUCAGUGGAUAUUAAUGGAAACCCACCAUUGAAGCAGAAAACAGGAAACUGGAAAGCUUGCCCAUUCAUUUUUGCCAACGAAUGCUGCGAACGUUUGGCUUAUUAUGGCAUUGCCAAGAAUCUAAUCACUUACUUCACAAACGAAUUGCACGAGACCAAUGUUUCUGCGGCAAGACACGUCAUGACUUGGCAAGGAACAUGUUACAUCACUCCUCUUCUUGGAGCUCUAAUAGCUAAUGCUUAUUGGGGAAGAUACUGGACAAUUGAUUGUUUCUCUGCGAUUUAUUUCCAUAAGCAAAAUGGUUCAUCUAUAGGACUGAUUGUAGCAGAAUAUAGUUCUUGUAUGUUAGGAAUGGUUGCAUUAACACUCUCAGCUUCAGUUCCAAGUCUGAAGCCAACGGAAUGUAAAGGCUCCAUCUGUCCACGAGCAACAAUGGCUCAGCGAGCGGUUUUGUUUUCAGGGCUUUACCUAAUCGCUCUUGGAACCGGAGGAAUCAAACCAUGUGUCUCAUCCUUUGGUGCUGAUCAGUUUGAUCAGACUGAUCCAAAGGAACGUGUCAGAAAAUCUUCUUUCUUUAAUUGGUUCUACUUCUCAAUCAACGUUGGUGCAUUUGUCUCAUCUACUUUGCUAGUGUGGAUUCAAGAGAAUAGUGGUUGGGAACUUGGGUUCUUGAUACCAACAGUGUUCAUGGGACUUGCGACUGCGAGUUUCUUCUUUGGCACUCCUCUUUAUAGGUUUCAGAAACCUGGAGGCAGUCCUAUUACUCGAUCUUGCCAAGUUCUUGUAGCCUUAUACCGUAAAUGGAACCUCAAUGUCCAUGAAGAAGAAGAUCACACACUUCUGUUCGAAAUAACGGAUGUAACGCGGAAGAUUGAACACACGGACGGUUUCUUGACAAAGCAGCGAUUAUCUCAGAAGGAGACUCAAAAUCCGAUCCGUGGAAACUUUGUACCGUGACUCAAGUCGAUGAAGUCAAGAUUCUGCUACGUUUGUUCCCCAUUUGGGCCUCAGGGAUCGUUUUCUCAUUCCUACAUUCACAAAUAUACACUUUGUUUGUUCAACAAGGAAGGUCCAUGAGACGAACCAUAGUCUCAUUCGAGAUCCCUCCCGCUACUCUCGGGAUGUUCGACACAGCAAGUGUCCUCAUAUCAGUUUCAGUAUACGAUAGACUCAUCGUUCCCUUUGUGAGGAGAUUCACAGGCUUAGCUAAAGGAUUUACUGAUCUACAACGUAUGGGGAUUGGACUUUUCGUCUCUGUUUCGAGCUUGGCGGUUGCAGCUAUCGUUGAGACGGCUCGGUUACGGUUGGCAAUGUGGAGACACUGUUCCGUUGAGUAUCUUCUGGCAAAUCCCUCAGUACUUUUUUAUGGGCACAGCUGGAGUUUUCUUCUUCGUUGGUCGGAUUCAGUUUUUCUAUGAGCAGUCUCCGGAUUCUAUGAGAAGUAUAGGAUUCGAUGAGAAGCUUGUGUAGUGCUUGGACUCUUCUCACUAGGAAACUACUUGAGCUCGAUGAUCGUUACCCUUGUGGCGUGUUUGAGCGGGAAAGAUGAUGGUUGGAUUCCUUCUUAACAUAGGCCAUCUUGACUACUUCUUCUGGCUUUUGGUCUGUCUUGGUUGUGUCAACAUUUCAGUUUUUGUCUUCUUCUCUGUUAAAUACACACAGAAGAAGAUUUCCUAAGGUUGUAAUCCACCCGAAGUCUGUAACUUCUUUUGGCAGUUGUUCGUUUUAUAAUGCCACCAUGGAGAAUCUUGUUCGUACUAGUAUCAAGAAUAUUUGUUAAAUAAGAAUAUUUGUUAAAUGAAUUAGUUUUACUCUAAAACUCUAAAACUGUUAUCUAAUUAUUUGUUUUAUAAAUUUUCCUGUAACUUCAUAUUUUAUUGGAU